AUGGUGGAUCCUGUCAACAGCCUUGCCACAGCCGUCGCGCAGUCUGGCGACCUGCUUCUUCUGAGAAAAGAAGCGACGGAUGACGCUUCGGCGACGCGGCGACCCCGUAGCGCGCGCCAAGAGGGGGAGGCAUCGCCUCUCGAACGGAACCGCCAGAAGGACGAAGGCGAGUUGAGCUGGUCGGAGGCGUUGGACAUGCUGCUGGGCUCGAGCCCCAGGAAAGUCUGGCGCACGCUGAAUUACUGCAUUCCCGCUCUUCUCCUCGUCUCGCUCGGCUUCAUGUAUCUCGCCAGAGACGACUCACAGCUCCUCUGGCUGUUCUCCGGAUUUAUCGCACUCACUCUCGCGUUCGCAGUUGCGCUCAACUGGACUCUUUUGCAAGUUCUUCCUCCAGAGAAAGACGACGCAGAAGCGUCAGAAGCCUCCGAUCAGGGACACGAGAAAGAAUACUAG